GUUAAAAGAGUGUAACCCGACUGGUCAAUGAACCAGCUCAUGCACACCCCAACCUCCGCGUGGAGGUAUAUGCCAAAUUCCCCCACAUUUAUAGAUGACAGAAGAUAGAAGGUAGAUCCAGCAUAUACAUACAUACAUGUAUAUAUAUAUAUAUAUACCACCAGCAUUACCAAAUAAGUUUUACAAUCAGCAAAAAGAAAAGGGAAAAGAGUUAGUUUUAAGCGGCCAACCGGUCGCUAAGAUUUAAGCCUCUUUACUAGCUAGGUAGUGGAAGCCUGCAACAUCAAUGGCGGAACUUGAGAAUCCAGGGGUGAUGCCUAAAGUCAUAGGUCUGGUCUCCGGCGUUCUUGAGAGAGUGGCGGAGGCAAAUGAUGUGAAUGCAAGAUUUGGUCCUCAGAGAAUUUCAGCGUUUCACGGCCUAACUAGACCAACCAUUUCAAUUGAAAGCUACCUGGAGAGGAUCUUCAAGUAUGCCAAUUGCAGCCCUUCGUGCUUGAUCGUAGCUUACAUUUAUCUCGAUCGCUUUUCGCAGAAGCAGCCGCUCCUUCCCAUCACCUCCUUGAGCGUGCAUCGCUUGCUUAUUACCAGCGUAUUGGUCUCCGCCAAGUUCAUGGAUGACACAUUUUACAACAAUGCUUUCUAUGCAAAAGUGGGAGGAAUUAGCGCAAUGGAAAUGAACCUCCUGGAGAUUGACUUCUUGUUUGGGCUGGGCUUCCAGUUAAACGUGACACCCACCACAUUCUACACCUACGCCUCUUUUAUCCAAAGACAGAGUUGGCUUCCCUGUCCUCCUCCAUCCCGACUACAACCUUCAACGCCCGACAAUUCGACGCCGCCAAAUCUCCACCGUUGCGUCAGUUCUGCUCACCGACAACAACAGUUAACCGUUUGAUCAAUAAUUCGGGAAACAAAGUAUUUUGGAUCUGCCCACCACCGGACGACCAGAAAUCGAAUUUCCAAGGCACCAGAGACGAAAAUUCUCGAAUCUCUACUGUUUUCUUUUCUACUGGAAAGACUCUCGUCAUUUUGGUUCUAGGUUGUGAAUUAAUCAUGUCUGAUACUCUGCAGUUUCUGUGCUAUCUUAUUGGCUCUCGGGGAUUUAUAAUUUUGUUUUCUCAAUGUACAUACACUCACUUCAAUCAGCUGCACCUUUUACCCAUAA